UCAUCAUCAUCAUCCCUCUCUCGGCUAGCUAAACCGUCUGUCUCUCUCUCUCUAAAAAAAACCUAACCAUCUUUCUCACUCUCCAUACCUCCCCUCACUUUCUCAACAUCCUCCCAUGGCAGCUCAGAGCUGUAAUCUGCACAGAAAUCUAAUCCUAACGACUUAAAGCAGCUUCCUUUUAACUUUCUCUGUAUUUGCUUUUGAUUUUUGUUCUCAGUUUUUGGAGACCCCUAGAUGUUUGAGCGAUGGAUAUAACCCCGUCCAUCACCACCACCACCAACAACACCGCCAGCACAAAAUCCCCGGAAGCCGACAGCGAAACUCCGACUCGGAUCCGGCAACCCUUAAAGCCUCCGUCCAGCAACGGCGUCCUCAAGCGCCACAACCCCACGCACCACCUCCACCACCACAACAUCCCCAUCACCCCUGUUGUAGUCACCUACAAAGAAUGCCUCAAGAACCACGCCGCUGCGUUGGGUGGCCACGCCCUCGACGGCUGCGGCGAAUUCAUGCCGUCUCCCGCUGCCAACCCCGCCGACCCCACCUCACUAAAAUGCGCUGCAUGUGGCUGCCACCGCAAUUUUCACCGCCGUGACCCCGAGGACCCCGUGCAGCCAAACACCCCCGCCGCGACAACGCAUGUCAUCGAGUACCAACCCCAUCACCGCCACCAUCCUCCUCCGCCGACUCACCCCGGCAACCGAAGCCCCAGUUCAGCUUCUCCACCGCCGAUCUCGUCCUCCUACUACCCCUCCGCCCCCCACAUGCUCUUGGCUCUGUCCACCGCUCACGAAAACGCCUUGGCGGGUGCGAAUAAUAACAACGCCGUUGCUAUGCCCCAGAUCGUGUCGCCGAGCCCGAAUGCGAGGAAGCGGUUCAGGACCAAGUUCACCCAGGACCAGAAGGAGAAGAUGUACCAAUUCGCAGAGAGGGUCGGGUGGAAGAUGCAGAAGAGAGACGAGGAAAUCGUGCAGGAGUUCUGUAACGAGGCCGGCAUCGAAAAAGGGGUUCUCAAAGUCUGGAUGCACAACAAUAAGAAUACCUUCUCCAAGCGAGACGUGCUCAAUGGCGGCGCUGGCGGCCGUGCUGGCAGUUUAAGCAGACCCAGCAGCUUUCUCCUUGAGCAUUCCCACCACCACAACAACGGCACCAACGGCAACGGCAACAACAACGAUGAUGACGAGGAAGAGGAUGAUGAUCAAAACGACAACAAGAACGGCGUUCCGAAUCCGAAUCAUCAUUACCAGGGUGCUGACGGAGGUGGCAACAAUGGGUCAUCUUCUUCUUCUUGAUCCUUUUGAUGAAUAAUAAGAGGAGCUUAAUUAGCAUUCGAGUAAGGCCAGUGCUAUUAAGUAAUUAAUUAAUUAGUUGCUCUUAAAUUUUCUUUCUUUCUUCUUCUUUCUUAAUUCUUCUUUCUCAUUGUGUUUAGUUUAAGUAAUGAGACUAUCAAUACUUCAGUUUGCUGAGGAUAACCUGGGAAGAGAUUGAUUGAUCCAAAAAAAGGGAAUUAAUUUGCUGCCUA